CCCGAAGCCGUAGUCGUGCACGCCGACUGCCUCACGAUCUUCCGGCACGAGUGCAGGGUGCAGGGGAUUUUAGACGCGAUGGGCCGGCUUUGGACCGCGGUCGCGUGGGCAACCCCAUGGCAAGGCGCAGCCCCCGUACAUCAUUUCUCGCCCCCCAAUCUCACGAUCGAUGGGCUCCUGGUUGCGGCGAUCCGGUCGGCUGGGUUUCCGGCGCUUAGCGCGUUGCCGUUGGAACUUUUGGAGAUGAUUCAUUACCAUUCGAGACACGCGGCGUUGUGGAGGUGCCUUGCCGUGCUGCGGUUGGUGGCGCACAUCGCGGCCACCGAGCCAGAACCACUGCGCUUGAUCCCGCUCAAGAGUACCUCUGCUUGGGCCCGCGGGCAAGAGCCUGUGUGGGUUGCUGCGGGAGUGACUGCCCCAGGGGUUUUGCGGUUCACUCUCGAUCUGAACGGCAUCAGUAGCCUAGAGCGCCUCGAGAGCUGGCCAGAGGACGCUGGCAAGCAAAGUACUCAGUCGACUUUUAUUGUCGAGCGUGAACACAGCAUGUUAGAAUCCCUGGCGAUGGUACUUUAUAAGGACGGACGGUUGCGCUUCAAGAGGAGCGAUGCGCGGUCACCGAAAAUCCCAGUGUGGAACACGCCAACGCCUCCAAAUGAGAUUGAAAUGGGCGUGGGGUACCCGGAUACACAUUUCUUCUACGCUACCAGCCUAGAUAAGAUUCGAGGCAUCACCUUCUUCUUCACCUAUGCCGCUUUCUGUGGUGUGCAUAUCCAUCACGACCAACAUCCAUCAUCCGGCGCAUGGGCGACGUUCAACCGCGUUUUUGCCCCGCAGCGGCCCCGACAGACGGUGACCUGGAUAUACUUGCCCCUACCCGAAGACGAUCGGGUCGUCGGUCUUGGUUUGCGAAAGGAACGUCGUCGAUGCAACCACAGCAUACUCGUCCGGACGGAACGCAGCGGUAGCUUCGUUAUCGGAUUUGUACACAAGCUGCAAACUUUUGAUUACUGUCUGGCCGCAUCCGCCCCCAUCACUCUGUUCCAAGGGGAUGAGAAACGGCCAUGGGCUAGACCCAUGUUCAGCGCGUACUCUAAGAAUGCGCGUAUGCUCCAAGGUAAUGACGAGGAAGAUUUCCCCAAGAGCUUCGCCUCAGCCUCUGCCUCACCCAGAAUCGGCCCCACCACCGGCAACCCGAGAAUACCGAGUUACUUCUCAUGGGCACCGCUGGAGGGUGUUCGAUCAGCGCAAGUCUUCCAACAUCCGGACACCGGACGUUGCCGGGGUAUCAUCUUCCGCUACCGAAGCGGCGGCGCGCGCGCUGUCGGGGAGUGCCGGGUGGGCGUUGAUCCGGCCCAGCUCACGACUGAACCAGCGAUGCUGUACUUCCGAACCGAAGUGUUCCGCCCGAACUCUCCCUUGGUGUUUUUAAAACGAUUGUGGAUCAAAUUUGGGCAGGCUGAGGCGCCGAUGGAUGACUGGGAACGAGUCCCAAUGCGUGGGCGGAUUAACUUCUGGUUUACGCCUGAAUCCUUGGCGUUCACGGUGGAGUGA